AUGGGUCUACUCGGCACCUUAAGUCUGGGCAUCUUCGUCGCCCUGGUCGCCUUCCUGUCUGGCCCAGUAUCUCAUAUCAUUCGCAUUGGAGGUGUCUUCCUCACUCCCAAUCCGACGGUCCUGGGUGAGGGCCAGGGCCCAAUCUAUAUCGAGGAUACAAUCCAUUGCGAGGAUGUCCACCACUACCGACCUGCGAACUUGCUCUUCACUGCUUGUGAGGAUUACAAGAAUACGCGCUUUAGCUGGUUCCCGCCGUUGGGGAAUUUGGUGCCGUCUACUACUAGUGGUUCUAUUCAUGUUGUUGAUCCAAAGACAAUGAAAUCAGCCCGCCUGGCAUUUACAAACUUCAAAGGUCCCUUCGUCACCCACGGAAUUGACGUUAUCCAAGACCAACAGCAUGAAGAUGCAGUCUACAUCUUCGCUGUGAACCACCUGCCCAACCCAGCCUACUUCAAUGCAACAUCAGACUCAGAGAUCCCAGAGGGAACACACAAAGCCCGCUCCCAGGUCGAACUCUUCCACCAUAUCCUGGGCUCUAAGACUAUCCAACAUAUUCGCUCAAUCAACCACCCGCUCAUCGAAACACCCAACGAUAUCUACGCCGAAUCUCCGGAGUCUUUCUACGUGACCAACGACCAUUUCUACCGUGAGGGCGCGAUGCGCCAUGUUGAGGAUGUAUGGUCUAGUGCGAAAUGGUCUAGUAUCAUCCACGUCCAACUCCCAACCAACACCAAGGACACAGAAAUCCAAGCCUCGGUUGCAUUAGCAGGUCUAUGGAACAACAACGGCCUCGGUCACGGCCGCACAACCAACGAAAUGAUAAUCUCCAGUGCUAUCGGUGGUGAAUUAUACAUCGCAACACCGGACUCCAACCACUCACUCUCGAUUUCGGAAUCUAUUGCUUUUGAUACUGUCACUGAUAACCCCAGUUACUAUGUUGAUCCGUAUGCUACUAGCGGUGAUGAUGUGAGUGGGGUUGUUGUGGCGGGUAUUUCGAGGGGGAUUCGGUUACCAGUUACUGCUAAGGAUCCUGAUGGGAUUGAUCCCGUGCAGGUUUGGUAUGCUCGUCCUUCUGGAUCUGGGGUUGGGGCUGGGUGGGAGAAGAGGCUUUUGUUUGAGGAUGAUGGGAUGAGGAUUCGGACGGCUAGUGCUGCUGUUCUUGUUCCUGUUGAGAUGAAUGGCGAUGGGGUUAAGAGGGCUUGGCUUUUCGUUACUGGCUUUAUGUCUGAGCGGAUGGUGGCUGUGCAGGUUGAGUUGUAG